AUGGCCAAGAAGCUGUUGGUUAAGCUCGGUGAGGUCCAGCAUAUCCUGACUGAGCGGGACAUUCUGAGAACCUCCAAGUCGCCGUGGCUGGUCAAGCUGCUGUACUCGUUCCAGGACCAGCAGUUCCUGUACCUGGCGAUGGAAUAUGUGCCUGGCGGUGACGUGCGCACGCUGCUGAACCAGAACGGCAUCCUGCGUCACCACAUUGCGCGCUUCUACAUUGCCGAGAUGAUGGUGGCCGUGGCCGCCCUGCACUCGUUCGGGUACUUCCACCGCGACCUGAAGCCCGAGAACUACAUCAUCGAUGCUUCUGGCCACGUCAAGCUGACCGACUUUGGCCUGUCGCAUGGCCACCUGAGCCGGCCCACACUCGAGGCGAUGAAGAAGAAGCUCGACAAGGUCAAGGACCAGGAAAUCAUCUACCACUCGUCGAGCGAGAAGCGCAGCUUUUACAAGGUCAUGCGCCAAGACGACAUGCCGCGCGCCUACUCGAUCGUCGGCUCGCCCGACUACAUGGCACCCGAGAUCCUAAAAAGAAGCAGCAGCACAAGCCCAGCGACAAUUCGCCGUUUGCACGUCUCGACGACACAACCAUCGGCUAUGACCUGCGCGUCGACUACUGGUCCUCUGGGCUGCAUUCUGUACGAGUUCCUGGCCAGCUAUGCCCCGUUUACUGGCCCUGUCCCUGACGACGUCUGGCGCAACGUCUACCACUGGACCAAGGCCUUCCAGCGGCCCGAGUUUGAAUCCCAGGAGGCCGCGGAGAACAUGACGGCCGAGGCCUGGGACCUGAUCUCACAGCUGAUCGCCCACCGUGAUAAGCGCCUGAGCUCCAUCAAUGAGGCCAAGGUCCACCCCUACUUCCAGGGCAUGGAUCUGCUGCAUUUGCGCGAGACCGAGCGCCCGCCAUUUGUGCCCGAGCUGCAGUCCGAGACCGACAAGGCCUACUUUGACGAUUUCUCCAACCCGAACGACAUGGAGCUGUACCGCGAUGUAUACAACAAACGGAAGGAGCUGGACUCGCUGGUUGGCGAUGGCGACACAACCGCCAGAACCGCUUUGUCUGAGCGCACUAUAUCUGCUCCUUCCCGCACAUAA